ACUCAUCGCCUAACUACGGGCGGAAGUGCCAAUCCACAACUCGACGAGGCCAUUUCCCGCCGCCAUUUGGUCCUUGCGAGAAUUGAACAACUCUGCGAAGCGCCAACCACUUGACCGAGAUUGCCUCGACGAUACAAAGAUCUCCAGAAUAGCAACGCUACUUCACUGGCACAUGAUUCUCCUGAACAGUACUGCGCUUACUGCGUCUUUCCGACGAAAAUGGAGUAGGCACCGGAAAAGCGGGCUCGGAGUCGAACAGGCUGUAACCAACUGGCCAGGACGACCGUGACUGAUCACCAGGCUUCUAGCGAGUUGAUCUACGAAUAGCGAAGUGAUUCCUCGACCUGCCCGCUAACGCGUUGGUCAGGGAUAUCUAUGUCACUAGCUGACCAUAGCGAGGACGAGCACACCGGAUCGGAGUGUCGCGGAUUCCUCGCAGCUGGUUUCAUAGAGUCUGGAGUGCAAGCGCGGAACAUUCAGGACAUCGGUUCAGAGUAGUGGUGGUAGCGGGGAUAAAAUACUCGUUUCGCCAGCUACUUGCCCAGCAGUCUUGGAUACAAGUAGAGUGGAUGAUAUUUCCCACUGGAUUUAUGGAUUGCUGAAAAACACGUUGCGAGUAUCCUCCUGAACAACGUUCGACUGCCAUCCACCCGGCCACAGAGCACUGUCGCGUGGUCAGCGCUUCCCGAAAGAAAACCUCGGGUUGUCAACGUAGACUCUACGUUGAGUUCCGAAAAAUGCUUUCGCGCCUCGGCGAGCAAGAUGUCCCGGUAGUACGGCAUGAGGAUAUGGCAGAUCUCCCCCGCAAAGCCCCUCAGCAGUUCCCCGCACAUCGCUGUGAACACCGCUGUGAUGCCGGUACACGCAACCACCUAGACGAAAGCGAUGAACCCUGUCCUGCUCCUUGCCCGCCUUGUGCCAACGCUAGUAAUGCCCGUCCUGUUGUUGGUGCUGCUGAUUUCGGUGUUGAUGGAGAUGGCGAAGCAAAUGGCAAGCAACCUGCCCAGUCGCAACAAGCUGCGCUUUCGUCCAACCCCAGCACCGUCCAACUAGGCAAAUUCCAAAGCAAAGACUCAGAGAGUUUGUGCGACGACCAUCACCCACUACAUGUUUGCGGUACAGACGACGACGUCCCAGUUCCAGCCCCAACUGCAACUGCCAGUGCUUGCUCUGAUGCAUCGUGCUUUGCAGGCGAUGAAUCAGAGCACAACCACUGGCAUCCAGCAACAGACCACAUCGUGUCAUCAACCCUUACUACACGUACAUCUACAGCGUGUAGACCUACAAGUACAAAGGCUACAGUCGUCAGCUGCACUGUGACAAAUGAUGCUGGGAGCUCAGUAGUAAAACUUUUACGAAAAGCGGGUAGUUCUGAAUGUGAGAGCGAGAGUGGGAUUUCGAGCGUCGCAUCAGCGACGCCGACUUUUAGUGGCAGAGCACAUUCUGCAGAGCCGCUGCUGAGGCCACUGGAAGCAGAGAACGGAGGGAGCGGCGCAGCAUUGUCAUUUCCUCACGCUACUGAUCCUACUCCUGGUAAUAAUCACGCAUCAUCCGUGCAGACACGACCAUCGACAAUUAUUUGUUGCUCGAGUUCUGGUGAAGGUCCUUGCUGCACGAGUCAGCCGUGGUGCUGCGGCGCUGGCUCUGAUGUUCCCGACUCUUUCACUAGUUCAACGAUCAGCUCCACUGCAGCAGUUGGGGCUGACGGUGGCGCUACGGCCGCGCAAACUGACGGCAUCAUGGGCCGCGAUGGCGGUGCUGCUGGCAGAGCCUCGGCCAAUGUAAAAAGACGGCGAUGUGGCGAGUGCGGGCCGUGCAAGGUAACCGUGGAUUGUGGCGAGUGCAGGCAGUGCAUCCACAAGGCCAAGCUGAAGCAGGUCUGCGUCCAUCGCAAGUGCGAAGCUCUCAAGCAUCGACUGCUGCCGGGACAUGACUCCUUCGCGUCGGCGCUGGACGAGAAGCCGCAAGGUGUUGUCGACUCGUCCAAGUCUUCUCCUGUUCCUUCACCUGCUCCGGUAUCAAUGCAUCCUGUCCCUAAGAAGAAGCCAGGCUCAGCACCCAAGCCUAGUCCUGGAGUGGUGGCAGCAGCAAAGUCAGUUUCCUCUGCCCCGUCCGCUGAUGCACUAAAGGCUAAACCUGCACCUAAAGGUAGCCGUUCACCGGCGAGGAAAGCGAGUCCUGCGGCAAAGCCAGGAGCUGCACUGACAAAGUCGAGUCUUGCAACCAAACCGGGCACUGCAGCAGCAACAGCAGCAGCAACAGCAACAACCACCAGCAAGUCCUCACCCAAGCCUAGUCCUGCUGCAAAGCUUAGUCCUGCUGCAAAGCUUAGCCCUGCUGAAAAGACCAGUCUGAGUGAAAAGCCAACUGGCGCAACCAAGUCGGAUUCUGAUCCCUCAGCCAAGCCCAGUCCAACUUCCAAGCCAAGGAAAAGCCUGAAAAUUAAGAGAAAUGCGAGUCCAUCGACAGCACUCAGUACCGGUGGUAGUGCCUCACCACCAUCUCUUGAGACAACAAAGCCACUGAAAAAGAGAAGGCUCGUCAAGAAGCCAACAAAUAUUCGACCAGCAUCCAGCGGGCAGCCAGUAAGGGUGUCAAGCGAAGGUGGCGUUUCUUCCAGUCCAAAUCCUUCAGCUAUUUCCGUUGCCAAUGCAGUGCCGCCUACUUCAGGUGUCGACUCCGGUAGUCCUGAAAUACCUUCAUCUGCUCCAGUGGCAGCACUACCCAUGGUGGCGGAACCAGCACUGCCAACUGGUGCCACACCUCCUGUGGGUGAGGCUAUAUCCAGUUUUGGGCCCAAGCCCAUGCCAAAGCCACGAGCUCGCAAGAAGAAAGAGACGGGGCAAGCAACGACACCUGGUAUUGUCAAGCGCAAGUCGUCCACCGUGACAACUCUGAAGCGGCGUUCACCUGGCUUCCAGUUGGAUGACGAGCCAUCUCUAAAGAAGCGCUUCUCUGCGAUCGACGCCGAUACCCUUCUGCUGACGUCUCGCCACUACCUUGACCAUCAAGCGGCCACAGCUGCAGUUGCUGCAGUAGCAGCGGCGGCCUCAGCUGAGCAAUUGGAUGAUUCUGGCUCGGGAUCAGCUGUAGAUGAAUUGCUCAGUUAUAAUCUACUGGAGACGUCGCGUGCUGAGCAGGCGGAACUGGACACAGUGAAGCUACCAUCGCCAUUUGAAGGUGGACUGUUUGUAGGAGCGCAACGGUUCUAUCAGCCAGCCCUUCCUGAACUGAUUGCCCCCGCCACCACGCCUGCCAAAGCGGACAAAGCAGAAGACAGGCCAAGCAAACCCAAGCAACGGCGACCAAAGAAGCCCAAGCCGACAAAGCUGACUACAGCACCACCGGUGCCCGGAGACAAGGAGAAGGCCCUUGGCAGUGGCACACCGGAAGAGACAACACCAGCGGGGGUCAGUGAACCAGUGCCAGUGCCUCUGCCGCCGAUUACGUCAUUACUAAACUGCAGUGCUACUCGGACAUUAGAGUCAGACGCUACGCCAGGAAUCUCUUCCCCAGCAGUUGCCGAAUGUCCGCUGUAUACUGACCAGACACACUCGGUCACACAGAUGGUCAAUACUUGCAGUUCACUUGAUAUUACUGCUAAUCAGCCCAGCUCUACAAGUAGGAUUAGCAAUACUGCUACUAUUGGUUGUGUGGCAGAUACCCAAAUCGAAUCUGUCUCAGGGGUGGCUGCUGAUGCUGGAGCUGAUGCUGGAGCUGAUGCUGACCAGACGGGUGCUGUUCGGGGACCUGUUGAGACGGACCCAGCACAAGGCAGCGCGAGUGCAACUUCACAACAGCAACAAUCGGCCGUGAAUUUCAGCAAUGCCGUGGUGUCGACUGCUGGUGCUGUGCAUGGACCAGUGCUUGCAGGAACACCAAUGCACCCUGACGGUGGCCACUCGAGUUCCGGACUCUUCCCAGCGCAUAUGUCCUUAUCAGCGCCGACAGCGCCCGGAGGAGGGCCGGGGGGCGAAGUGCAGGAAGUGGCGAAUGCGGCCCACUACAACCCAGCAAUGUACCAGCUCCAUGGGCCUCCGCCUGCUUACCCGGGACGGGCCAAUCUGCUUCCUGGUGUGUACCCUGGAGCUGCCGCCGCCGCCGCCGGGACAUACCCAACACCCGCCGCAGCCGGUAUGCCAGUCAGAUCUCUGAGCCAUCACCCGUUCUUGGAUAGCUUUAGCAUGGAUGCACGGCACACACUGGGGGGUGUUGGCGCUGGUGUUGGUGUUGCUGGAGCUACUUCAGCACAUGGCCAGGCUACCAUGGAUUCAGCACACCCAAAUGCUGCUGCUGUUGCUGCUGCUACUGCUACUGCUGCCGGGGCCGAUGUUCCACCCAUUCCACCUCUGGUGCAGUUCCCAGACCUUGUGGACACCCCGCAGGAGCUGGGAACGCAGGACAGCUUCCAGGCAUUCAUGACGAAAGCAAACCAGAUAGCCACGGAGUACGUCAGCAAGGUCAAGUUGCCAAGAUGCCACCGAGUGAGGGUCACACGGCCGGACGGAACCAAGUUCAAUGCCAUCGACAGGACAACAAAGAACGAGCUGCGUAGACGCGUGACUCGUACGUGCAAGCGGUUCAAGCGCGAGUCCAAGAAGAAGGAGAUCGUUCCACCAGCGUGCAAGUGCACAGAUGGAGAAGAACCAGAUGGCCACUUUUAUACCCAUCUUGGUGCGGCCGGAUCACCGGAAGCGUUGCGACUCUUCUUGCUGGAGCAGUUCAAGGUUCGACCAGAAUGCCUUCGGAUGGUGGAGGUCGGUUAUACUGGCCGUGAAGUGAAAUCUAGCGAAGGUUGUCCAACGGCAAAGUUUAUUGUACGUCGUCACUCCAUCCAGGAGAAGUUCCUGGUAUUGUUCCGCAGCCAUCAGCAACAUCGUUGUGAACAACGCUACACUGUGGUCUCCAUAGUUGCUUGGGACUUUAUCGGUCAGAAUCAAUCCAAGAGUAUCUAUGGAUUCCUCACUUCCAAAUUGCCACAAUAUGGCCGGCCAACGAAGCGGAAGUGUGACUCCAAUCGAAGGCAUACCUGUUCAUGCCAGGGCUCUGAUCCAGAGACCGGCGGUGCGUCGUUUUCGUUUGGCUGCUCGUGGCUUCUCUAUCUGAUGUCGUGCAAGUUUGGAUUGAGCAGCAGCAACAGUGUGCGCAAGUUCCGUCUCAGCAACCAUCCGGAAAGCAAGAGCCAGAUAUCUGUGGAUGAACAGGAAGUAGAGAAAGUUAUGAACGGUCUUGCUGAUGGCAUAGCGCGCAUGUAUGAAUCCCACGUUCCGGCAGCUUACAAGAAUCAGCUGCAAGGACUGGAGAACGGCACGGAAUGCCGUAUUGGCGACUCGGCCGAGCGACCCUUUUCCGGUGUGACGUGCUGCAUGGAUUUCUGUGCACAUAGUCACCAUGAUCAGCUGAAUAAAGACGGCGGAGCCACCGUUUUGCUAACAUUGUUGAGACCCGAGACUGACACUCGGCCGGCGGCCAGGUCCGACGCCCAGCUGCACGUUCUGCCCCUGUACACACUGGACAGCUCGCAGGCGCUGCCCGGCGUGGAGACCUGCGAGUACGGCGUGCCCCUGCAAGCACCCGAGCCUCUCAUCGGCGGCGUGGCCGUAGCCCUGGAGAGCGGCUCUAUACUGAUCGAGUGUGCCCUCAAGGAGCUGCAUGCCACUACGCCUGUACAGAACCCAGACCGGCGCAACCCGUCGCGCAUCAGCAUGGUCUUCUACCAGCACAGGCACAUGAACGACCCGAAUCACGGCAAGGAGAACGCCCUGAGGGUGCGUACCAUCGCCGAGAUGGUGCGCAGACAAGUCGAAGGGCUGUACUUGGCCGAAGAGACGCAGCUCUCCGACGAAAUGAUCGAAGUUGAGGAGUUCCAGAGCCCCAGAAUCAGCGAAGAGCCGUUGUUCGAGGAAGAGGAGGACUUCACAGAGGAUGAUGGCGAGGAGACAGAGGAAGACCUACCCGGUCCAUCGUCAGCAGUAGCUGCAGCGGCACGGCCAACACUAGCCCCAGCCACCGCUACAGCAGCCACAGCAGCAGGUGACCAUAACCAGGUUGCACCGUUUGGUGCUGCUUCUGUCCCUGCCUCUGUCCCUGCCUCCGCUCGUGCUGUUGGCAUUGGUGCUAGCACUUCUGACGCACCGCCACCAGACAAGGCCUUGGGUGCAAACAAGAGUAGCAAGAAUCGCAUGGAAUUCAUCAUUGAAGACCACCGGCCCAUGAGCAGUCGACACGCGCAAACCAGCAGCGGCACAGGCAAUGUCAGCGACGGUGAUCGCAGACUGCCACCAUCUCGUGUCCGCAGUCCACUCUCGACUGGUAGAGAGCAUGCAGAUCUAGCAGCGGCACCACCGACUUAUGACAAUGCUGCCGCCUCUGCCGCCGCAAUGAGACGAAUCAGCCGCACGUCCAGUGGGCAAAGCAGUCGGCAAGCUCAGCACAGAGACCAGGCUAGUACCAUGGCAACAGCAAUAUCCUCUGACAUGGCGGCACAGCUGUCGUUGCAAGCGGCGGCAGCAGCAGCGGUGGCAGCACCGGUAAGGAGCUUGGCGCGUGCAAACCCUUCAAGAGAGACGGAGCAGCGUCAUUCCCUGGAUACUGCAGAGCAGAUAGCAGGUGCAGCUUCGCACACAACAUCAGCAGCAGAUCUGCCGCUAGGAAUGGGCACGGCAGGAAACCUCCACCCGUUUGCACGAGGACCGACGUACCAGAAGUGGGUAUCGCAGCAGCUGCAGCCUUUGCCGAGUUCAUCAGCCGAUCUGCAACAAUCACACCAUACGCCCACGGCUGCUAGUGAUGGUGGCGGCGUUGGUGGUGCUACUGGUUAUCCCAUGCCAUUGAACCGACUCAGUGCUGCACAAACACAAUCUUUACUCGAUCAACAACAACUACAACGACGUCAACAAACACAUGACAUAGGUUCAGUAUUGCCACCAUCAAGACAAAUGCCGUUACCAGUGCAUCCAUCCUCCCUUCACCCGGUGUCUGCUUCAGCAUCACUGUCUAAUCUGCAGCAGCAGCAGCCUGCUACACCACAGCCUGCUACACCACAGCUUGCUGCAUCUCAGCAGCAAACACAUGCACAAGAGAGAUCGCAACAACAGCCAGUAGCUCAACGACGCCAAAGCCAACAACCCGUCAUUCAGCAACAACAAGCGCAGACAGUAUCUCCGCACCUGCAACAGCAACAGAUUCGACAUCACAUGCAUCGUCACCAACAACAGGCGUCUUUCAGCUCACCGCUUGCAACCCCGUCGCAGCCAGCCAUGGUUAGUUCAGCUGUCUCACACUUCUUCCCAGCUACAAGCGGUAGUACCACUCAAGGUCCAGCGGCAUUGCUGAGCAGCGGGUCAUCCCGGGAUCAACUCUUUGCCGACUUGCCAGGAAUGAACAACCCCAAUGCGCAUGGACACGUUGCCACAACGCGAGUAGCAGCCUCAAUGCCAGCAGCCAUGCAUGUACACGCUCAGCCACAACACAUCCAGCAGCAUCAGCAACAGGCAAAUUUCAGCCAAGUACCAGUGGCUGCUGGCAUUGGUGCUGGUGGUGGUGGCGGUGGUGGUAAUGCUGGUAGCCGACCUAUGUUGCUAAGCCCCAUCCACUUCACAGGUAUGCAGCCCUCGUCACCGUUUGCUACGCAUUCACCAGCACCGCAAACACCUACACAUGCUGCUGCUGCUAGCCCUGCAGUGGAGCAACGACCGUAUCAUCCCAGUCAGCCGCAUCACCCAGAGCAACAACAACAGCUGCAACAACACCUGGCCAUGUCGGUGGGAAUGGCCGUGCAGGCCGGUGGCAUAGUGCAGCGCACAGUGUCUCGCUCCAUGGACUUCACAACUCCAAGUGGCCAGUUGGGAGCGGCGGCCGCUGCUCCCUCACCAUCACCCGCUGCCGUGUCUCUAGCAACUCCCAGUGCAGGAGCCAUUGCUGCAUUGCAAAGACACCCCCAGCCGCAGGCACAGCCCCAGCCCGUAGGAGGCAGCGCAGCAGCACAUCAUGGCAUGCAGUUUCUGCCCGGCAGUGCACUGCAAGCUGGACAUGCUCUGCAGCAGCAGCAGCAGCACCCCACCAUGCAACAUGCCACCAUGGCGCAUUCCUCACUCUCAGCACAGCUGAUCAAGGCAGGUAUGCUGCCUCCGCAGGCUGCGGCUGCUGCACAACCUCGCUAUCAAGUUGCUCACGCGAUGCAGUACAACACGGCUGCAACUGCCGGCGCGACUGCAUUAGCACCAGGAGCUAGUCCACAGCUGCAGCAUGUACUCAUGCACCCGCAUCCUGGUGUGCGCACGGCAUACAUGACGCCUUCACCGCAGUUCAUCAGCCUGCAACCAACCGGUGCGGGUGGCCAGCCGACUGCGACAUUGAUGCCCGGCCACGGACUGCAGCAAGUGCAGUCUCUACAGGAUGCUACGUCCGGCUUCUACCAUCACCCAGCCACAGCCGGUCAAGCCACUGCUGCGGCAGCGGCAGCCAUGGGUGGUACAUUGCUGCACCCGGCCAUGGCACCUACCCUGCCAUUAGCACAUACCCAGCCUGCUGCCAAUCCUCAGGCGCCCGCUACCGGACAACCUGCUCCACAAACUGACAUGACAUUCAGCCAUCAUCUCAUGAGAUGAGGCAGCUACUCACGCACCGUCACAAUCUCAGGCGUGCUUGAUAGACAAACAGAUUUCUUAGAUAGGUGAACAGGCAAUUUCUUUCUUUCAAUAUACGUAGACCAUUGACAGAUUUUAGAGAUCACAAAUUGUAAUUUAUGAACAAAGUAUUGAAGAUGCACAUACAUGUACACAUAAUUAUAUCAAUAUACACUGGUGCAAAAAUAUGUUGAUUUUUUUCACUAAAUUUAUUUGCACCCCCCCCCCCCCCCCCCCCCGGCCUGCAAAGGAAAAAAGAGGGUUUUGUACCUAUUGCCCAGCCCUGACCGCUAAGUAUGCAACGUACUGUGUUUGUGCCGUUGCGUUACCGGUAUGUCUCAUUGCACAUGACUGUACUGAUAGGAAGUAGCUUACUUGACGCACUUCUGCAUAAGUUGUACUAGUGCCUGAGCCGGGUGUUCUUUUCCUGUACAUACGUGUACAGUGCCUCAAGUAUGAUGAGAUUUUCUUGCUGCAGUUUUUUCUCCUUCUUCGUUUGUCUUUGUGACGCACCGAGCGAGGUUCUUGAGUGCAUGCUCCCUGCCGUCACGAUGACCCGAUUACUAGUGCUUUAUUUUUCCCCGUCAGCAGUGCUUGGAGCCACGUGAAAAACGAAACUGUCGUGUACAGGUA